AUGGGUUUCCUCAGCCAUUUGAAAGACAAGUUUUCGGACCGCCACGGUCAAAAUGAACAAAAUGAAGAUGACCUCCCGCCGCAAUGGGCACCGGCGCCAGAGAAAUCAUAUCACAAUGGAAAGCUGGCGGACGCAACAGACGAUGAGUACACAUCUGCAGAGAAGUUUUGCGUGGAGUUCCCGCCCCAGCCGCCCCGCCUUCUGCCGUCAGCAGCUGUAGAUCGCAUAAAAGAAGUUGGUGCCAAAGCUUGGGAAAUCGAGUACCCACAAACGUCUCGCUUCGUCGGCAGCAUCACCAAUCCAAGUGAAGCGAAAGGCGGACCUUCGGUCUGCAAAGUAGAAACCAAUGCAAAAUGCAAGGAUAUUUGUCUCAUGAGCAAUCUGCCCCUGAUGGCAGGUAUGUACGACGGGCGAGGCAAGAAGGGGUUUUAUUACGAGAUUCUCAUCAAGCGCAUGGACGGGCUAGUUGCCAUAGGCACAACAUGUAGACCAUAUCCAGUCUGGAGGCUACCAGGAUGGAACAGGCUCAGCGCCGGCUUGCAUCUGGAUGACUUGCGCAAAUUCUUCGAAGACCCAGAUGGUGGGCGAGACUACACGGAGGCCUUAACACAGGUCUCCUCUGGGGACACCGUCGGAUGUGGCUACGAAUUCACUUCCGGGGCUUUGUUCUUCACAUACAAUGGUCAAAGAUUGGCGAAUGCAUUCACAGGCAUUUACCUCCCGAGGCACAAUCAUGAUGUAUUUGCUGCCAUCGGUGUGGAGGGGCGUAACGAUUUUGAGAUAAAUUUCGGGGCUGAGCUCUUCCGAUGGAAAGAGGGAAACGAAUGGGCAUGGCUGACGGAAGGAAGUGUAGGAGGACAGAUGAGCGGUGGCCCUAGCGACGCCGGCGACGAGCUUCCAUCAUACAACGAUGCUAACUCAUCGACUGCCUUCACGUAUUAG